CACAGACUAUAUAAGCAGAUUUUAACACAACCAAUGCAUCAGUUGUACCACAGCUAAUCAUAUCAAUAUGUUCUCUAAAAUCGUCGCUUUGAGCGCGUUGGUGGCUGUGGCCACAGCUGGUCUGCUGCCCGCGGCGCACUACUCCCCGGCCGCCGCCGUCUCCUCCCAGAGCAUCGUCCGUCAUGAUGAGGGACACGCUCCCGCCGCCAGGCUCGCCGUCGCCGCCCCCGUCGCUUACCACGCCGCUCCCGCUCCCGUCGCCUACCACGCUGCUCCUGCUGCCGUCGCCUACCACGCUGCUCCUGCUGCAGUUUCCUAUCACGCCGCCCCUGCUGCUGUCGCUUACCACGCUCCCGUCGCCAAGGUGAUCGCCCCCGCUCCCAGACUGGUUGUGUCUGCUCACCACGAAGAGGAAUACGUAAACGCGCACCCCCAGUACGAGUUCUCUUACUCCGUUGCUGACGGUCACUCCGGCGACAACAAGUCCCAGCACGAGAGCCGCGACGGUGACGCCGUCCACGGCGAGUACUCCCUGGUGGAAGCUGACGGCUCUGUGCGUAGGGUACAGUACACAGCCGACGACCACCACGGCUUCAACGCUGUCGUGAGCAACUCCGCUCCCGCGCACGCGCCUGUCGCGCACGCACCCAUCGCGCAUGCUCCCGUCCUGCUCGCCCACCAUUAAUUUUGUUUACUAGUCAAAGCGACCUUAGCUAAUAAGGAACGACAUGAUAUUCUGUAAAUAUUAAAAUUAUUAUUUAUGAAUUAAACAAAGCAAACUGUUAAUUAA